AUGCUAGUGGCACAAAGUACUCUAUACAGAAGCGUGUUGCCAUCCGGUGUUAGAAUAGCUCUACAGUUCAAAAAGCUUACCUCUUACUAUUACAAAAAAAAUUACACAACAGUUGCAAACAAAUCGACUAUGCCUUACAAAGACCUCAAAGUACAGUUCUUGAAACCUGACCUCGACGACAGACAGUACCGCUACAUCCAACUGCCCAACAACUUGAAGGCUUUGAUCAUCCAGGAUGCUACCACAGACAAAGCCGCCGCUGCCUUAGACGUCAACAUCGGUGCUUUCCAGGACCCUGAGAACUUGCCUGGCCUGGCUCACUUCUGUGAACACUUGCUGUUCAUGGGCUCUGAGAAGUUCCCUGACGAAAACGAGUACUCUAGCUACUUGAGCAAGCACGGUGGCUCCUCCAACGCGUACACAGGCUCGCAAAACACCAAUUACUUCUUCGAAGUCAACGCCGACCAUCUCCAUGGCGCCCUUGAUAGAUUCUCCGGCUUCUUCAGUUGCCCUUUGUUCAACCAAAACUCCACCGAUAAGGAGAUAAACGCGGUCGAUAGUGAGAACAAGAAGAACCUGCAGAAUGAUAUCUGGAGAAUGUACCAAUUGGAUAAAUCCUUGUCCAACCAAGACCACCCUUACCACAAGUUCUCGACCGGUAACCUCGAAACCUUGGGCGAUAAACCAAAGGCUGCCGGCUUGGAUAUAAGAGAAGAACUGCUCAAGUUUUACAACGAAAAUUACUCCGCUAACCUGAUGAAACUCUGUAUCCUAGGUAAAGAAGACCUGGACACACUUUCUGAAUGGGCCUGGGAACUUUUCAAAGACGUCAAGAACUCUGAUCGUGCCUUGCCUGUGUAUGACGCUCCUAUCUUGAAAGAAAAUGAUUUGAAGAAGAUCAUAAAAGUUAAGCCCGUCAAGGAUUUGAGAAAGCUAGAUAUCUCGUUUGUGGUACCAGACUAUGAAAAGAAAUGGGAAGCUAAGAUAUCCCACAUCUUUAGUCACUUAAUAGGACACGAAGGUAGCGGCUCCCUGUUGGCACACUUAAAGUCCCUUGGAUGGGCUAAUGAACUCGGCGCUGGAGGCCACACCGUUUCUGAUGGCAACGCCUUUUUCAACGUUGACAUCGAACUUACAAACGAGGGUUUGAAGCAUUACAAGGAUAUAGUGGUCUUGAUAUUUCAAUAUCUGGAAAUGUUGAAGACUUCUCUACCUCAGGAAUGGAUUUUCAAAGAACUCCAAGACAUCUCAAAUGCCACUUUCAAGUUUAAACAAAAGGGUAGUGCUUCACAAACUGUGUCCGGUCUUGCGAAACAACUUGAAAAGGACUAUUACUUCCCAGUGGAAAAUAUAUUAGCCACUAACUUACUAGUCAAGUAUGAACCAGAGCUGAUUAAACAUUUCAUGAAAUCAUUCACACCUGAGAAUUCUCGUAUUACAUUUAUCUCUAGAUCUAUCGUGGCCGAUUCGAAGGAACAGUGGUACGGUACCGAGUAUAGCGUAGAAGAUUAUAGUCCUGAAUUCCUAAAAUCAAUAGAAAACCCUGGUUUGAAUCCAAACUUAAGCGUACCAAGACCUAACGAGUUCAUUGCAACAAACUUUGAUGUCGAGAAAUUCGAUGUAAAGGAACCACUGAAUGAACCUCUUCUAUUGAAAGAUGAUGAUGUGAGCAAGCUUUGGUACAAGAAGGACGAUAGGUUUUGGCAACCAAGAGGUUAUAUUUAUGUAACACUAAAGCUACCAAACACACAUUCCAGUAUCAUCUCCAGUAUGCUAACCACAUUAUAUGUUCAAAUGGUUAAUGAUGCACUCAAGGACCUACAAUAUGAUGCAGCUUGUGCAAAUAUCAAUCUAUCAUUUGUAAAGACCAACCAAGGUCUUGACAUCACAAUUUCUGGAUUCAAUGAAAAGCUACUAAUUUUGUUGAAGAGAUUUGUUGAAGGUGUCCAAGGCUUUGAACCAAAGAAGGAAAGGUUUGAGGUAUUCAAGGACAAGACUGUUCACCACCUAAAGAAUCAAAUGAUGGAAGUGCCAUACAGCCAAAUUUCUGGACUUUACAAUAGCGUUGUUAAUGAAAGAACAUGGCCUACCAAAGAAAAGCUCGAAGUUGCUGAAAAGUUAAAGUUUGAGCAGCUAGACAACUUUGUCAGAGCUAUAUAUGAUGGUAUGUACUAUGAAUCAUUUGUUCAUGGCAACCUGGAGUCCAAAGAAGCGAGGGAGGUAGAUUCACUUGUUUCGACAUUCCUAAAGAAAGACGAUAUCAAGAAUAUCGAUGUUCAAAGCAAUAGAUUGAGAUCUUACAUUAUUCCCAAGGGCAAAUCAUAUGCGUAUGAAACUGACCUUUAUGAUGAAAAUAAUGUCAAUUCCUGUAUACAGCAUGUUGUUCAAUUGGAUGUCUACAACGAGAAGCUAUCUGCGCUAAGUGGAUUAUUUGCACAAAUGCUCCAUGAACCAUGUUUUGAUAUUUUGAGAACUAAGGAACAAUUAGGCUACGUUGUUUUCAGCUCUAGUUUGAACAACCAUGGUACUGCUAACAUUAGAAUUCUUGUUCAGUCAGAACAUACCACACCAUACCUGGAAUGGCGUAUUGAUGAGUUUUACAAGACAUUUGGGGAGAAAUUAAGAAAUAUGGACGAGGAAGACUUCAACAAACAUAAAGAAGCUCUAUGUAAAACGUUGUUGCAAAAGUUCAAGAACAUGAAAGAAGAGAGUUUGAGAUAUGUAGCUGCCAUUUAUCUAGGCGACUACAAUUAUCUACAUCGUCAAAAGAAAGCCGAUAUGGUUAAAGAUUUAACUAAGGAAGACAUGAUUGCAUUCUUUGAGAACUACAUCGAAAGUGACGAUGCAACCAAACUAGUAAUCCACUUGAAGUCUAAAAAGGCUACCGAAAAGGACGAAUCCCAACUUGACACCACCAAGUAUCCAUCAGGUGAAAAGAUAGAAGAUGUCGGUCAAUUCAGGUCACAACUAUACUUGGCACCUCUACGCCAACCAACCAAGAAAUUUGAAAUUCAUGAAGAAUUGUGA